AUGCAUCACACACCAGGAGCUGACCAGGCAAGGCUAUCCGGCUCGCGACAAUGGCCAGGAGAACGUCAACCAACAAGGUGGGAUGUGCACGAUGCCAACGAGUCUCCGGCCGUGACGUUUCUCGAUCGUUUUCGAGCUGCCUUGCUUCACAGUGAGGGUGCCGAAGAGGAUUCUUUCCUGGACUCAGAAUCGGUCAUUGACAGUUCAGAGAGUCUUAGUACAUCGGUCAGGUCAUAUACGUAUCCCAUGGUUCUUUUAUCAGAUGUACCAGCCACACCGUCCGAAGAACAGUUGGAACGAUUGCAAGGCGUCUUCUUCACCACCUUCAAACAACAUAUCUUCAUGAAGGCCAUCGACAUUGUGAAUUCGCCUUUGGAGAUCCUGCCGCCAUAUCUCCAGUAUGCACUUGCAUGUGUAGGCUCGAUGACCUCCCCGGAUGUCGACAAUGUCUUCACCACGCCAAAUGGAACCAUCCAGGCAGACGCUGCGGCGAACCUGUUUGUGGCUGGGCAGAAACUUUGGUCAGUCAUGCUGGAGGUCGACAAUAGGGAGACUCGUCUGCUCGAGGCAGUUGUGGCUGCGAUCUUGUUGGUCACUUAUGGCAUACUAUCGUCGGAUAGGACAGUAUGGAGGAAAUCAUCCGGCCUGUUCUGCAACAUUGUCACUAUCUCGAGACGGCUUCACCUCACCGAUGGACACUCCCCAAUGCAUACACUAAGCGACUUUUCGUCCAAAGAUGCUGGAAUGAAAAGCUCCCUCAUCUCAUAUAUGCUGCUCGCCGAUGUCAUGCAAGCCGUCCACCUUGACUUGGCUCCAAACUACACCUCGAGCGAACUCUUGAUCAGGAUGCCUUUGUCAAAUCACCAAUUUCGUACCAUUUACAACUCACUGACCCACGGCUACGAUGUACCACAAGAUGUCAAGAGCCGUGAGGAUGCGCUUCUGCUUCUUACCGCCUUGCUUGGUGACAUUAUAUAUACUCAACGGAGUCGACCUCCCGAUAUGUCACGCAUUGGUCCUUCAGCCUCGCAUACUCCUCCCAUGCUGCGCAAUCCCUACGCGCCAAUGUCUUCAAUGUCACAAUACUCACGGUUGAGCUCUCAUCUGGCCAACGCUCUUGCUCGUUGGGAACAACACUUCCAACAACAGGUUGGGAGCGACAUAAGAGCCCUCUACUACUUCACCAAGGUCUACCUAAUGUGCCCAAAUCUUUGGGAGCUCCCUCAAUUGGCCGGAUACGGUGCCGAUAAUGUUCCCAGUCUACCACAGUCCAAUACCAAAUUUGAUAUACCAGACAAAGCCAUCGACCUUGCCUGGUUAGUCCUCGACAAUUGUGACAAAGCAUCGAAAUCUCCUGAACACAAAAUGUCCAUCUGGCUGCCAAUUAUUCUGUUCAUGUCUUCGCUGGUUGUGUGGAAAAAGCUGCACUCUCAACCCUCCACCGACCUCAAAUACGGUACGCUGAGAGUAUUAAGUAUGUUCAAGAAUGAACUCACCAAACUUCCUUGGCCAUGUUGUUCAGAGAUGGUAGCGACACUGGAUAGGUUAAUGGACAAUUGA